UGAGAGGUGAGGAGGAGGAUGGAGCGGUGAUUUUGGAUGUACAUUGUCUUUUGGAUUCAUAAGAAAAAGAGUGGAGAGUGUAUUGGUAUCUUAGGUUGAAUCAAGUUAGGAGUGGAUAUACAUUGUCUUUAUUAACAUAUUUUAUCCUCCUUAAGCCCAAACUCCCAUUCUCUUUUGAUUUACAUAAACUACUUGGAGAACCUAUUACUGUGGAUUUGGAUUGCUUUACUCAUGCUUGUAUAGAAUGUUUGUAUAGAAUGUUUCAAGUAUUCUUGUAUUUGUGAUUGAUAUAGAGGCAGGUUCUUACCAAUGUCAGAAACAAGUAAUUAUUUCUCCAGUACUAGUGGGCAUCUGUGUGACCUAGACCAUUGCACCCUUAGGACAUCCCUGAAACUUCAUACUUUUGGUAGGAGGUUUUAUGGCUGUCGCUACUGGUCACCAGGUGAUGACCGUGCAUGUAAGUUCUUCAAAUGGUUGGACACCAACACUUGCACGCGUGGCGCAGCAACAGCACCUAUUGUGUUAGCAAAAUUCCGAAGAUUGGAGCACGAGGUGGAACUUGUUAAUGAAGAGUUGAAGCAAGCACGUGCAAUGGGAGAAGCUCCAAAAUGAAAGGUUGAAAGAGCCAAGGUUGCGCACAGGAUUUCCGAAGAGAAAGCGGAGAAGUUCAAGAUAGCUCUAAUAAUAUCAUGGGUGAUGUUUGGAGUACUACUUAUUUUGUCUACUAGGUUUGAGGAUGUUAGAAGCAGGCAAAUGUAUUUGCCUGGAUGAGUUGGUUAUGUGCGUAAUAAGCUAGAAUUGUAUUGUGAAAAUUGGAGAUCAUUUGUAU